AUGUCACAUCUGAUGGACCAUACAUCAGGGGAUCUGCCAGUCAGAGACACAGAUUUGAUACCUAUGGUGCUACAACCGUCAAAAGGUAAGAGUAUAAAAACACAACCACCCUUGAGCCGAAUGAACCGGGAGGAACUGGAGGACAGUUUCUUUCGACUUCGUGAAGAGCACAUGCUGGUGAAGGAACUUUCUUGGAAGCAACAGGAUGAGAUCAAAAGGCUGAAGACGGCCUUGGGGCGGUUGACCGCUACCGGCCGGGACCUGCGGGCGGCGCUCGCGGAGACCGCAAGGCGGCGGCGGAAUGCGGGGUGGCGGCAGCGCGCCCCCAUGCACCAGCACCCCCAGAGGCACCGACUGCCAGGGCAGCUCCAGCGCGUCAGCCCCUCGGCUCCCCGCCGCGCCCAGCCUCGCGUGCACGUCGGACCCAGACAGCUCCACACGGCCGGCGCGCCGGUGCCCGAGGAACCCGACAGGGGGCCAAGGGAAAGACUGAGCUACACAGCACCUCCCACAUUCAAGGAGCAUGUGACAAAUGAAAAUAACAGAGGUGAAAUAUCCAGUGAACCCAGCGAAUUUCUACUUCUUUUUGUGUUUGAUGUUCCUGGUUUUAAUAGUGUAAUUUCUUUCAGCAUAGUCAUUAAUAUGGUUAAAUUCAUUGAUCUAUGCAUGCCUGGCAGUGCACAGAUUGUGGCCAGCAAUAUGAUGCAAGUGGAAGAACCACCCAAGUCUCCUGAGAAAAUGUGGUCCAAAGAUGAAAGUGUUGAACAGAGGAGGUCAUUGGAGUGUGCUCAGAAGGCUGCAGAGCUUCGUGCUUCCAUUAAAGAAAAUGUAGAGCUGAUUCGACUUAACAAGCUCUUACACGAAAAGAAUACCUUAUUGGUAGUGACGAAGGCACAAUUAGCAGAAGUUCAAGAGGCAUAUGAAACCUUGCUCCAGAAGAAUCAAGGAGUCCUGAGUGCAGCCCAUGAUGCCCUCCUCAGCCAAGUGGAUGAGCUCAGGGCAGAGCUGAAGGAGGAGAGCAAGAAGGCUGUGAGCUUGAAGAGCCAACUGGAAGAUAUGUCUAUCUUACAGAUGACACUGAAGGAGUUUCAGGGUAGAGUUGAAGAUUUGGAAGAAGAACGUAAAUUGCUGAGUGACAAUUAUGACAAACUCUUAGAAAAUAUGCUGGACAGCAGUAAUCAGCCUCAAUGGAGCAAUGAGCUCAUAGGAGAACAGCUGCAGCAGCAAGUCUCUCAGCUACAUGAUCAGCUGGAUGCUGAGUUGGAGGAAAAGAGAAGACUCUUACUCGAGCUUUCCAAUGAGAAAGCCCAAAACGAGGAUCUGAAGCUUGAAGUCACCAGCAUGCUUCAGAAACAUAAACAGGAAGUAGAGCUCCUCCAAAAGGCAGCCACAACCCCCCAGUCUCCUGACAGGCAGCCUGAACCAGCCACUCACCCAGCUGUCUUCCAAGAGAUCACACAAGGAGAGCCCAGGGAACCAAAACGCCAAGAUGAAAACAAACUGUCCCAUAUGUUAAAUGAGUUGCAAGUGUCAUAUGCAGAGAUCACAAUGGAACUAGGAAAGACCAGAGACAUGCUUAUUCUGCAGCGCAAAAUCAACGUGUGUUAUCAGGAGGAACUGGAGGCAGUGAUGACAAAAACUGAUAAUGAAAAUAGAGACCACCAAGAAAAGCUGGAGAGGUUGAGUAAACUCCUAGACCUCAAGAACAGCCGUAUCAAGCAGCUGGAAGGUAUUUUAAGAAGUCAUGGCCUUCCAACAUCUGAACAGCUGAAAGAUGUCGCUUACGGCACACGACAGUUGUCGUUAUGUCUGGAAGCACUGCCAGCCCAUGGAGAUGAGGAUAAAGUGGACAUUUCCCAGCUGCAUCAGAGUGAGAAUCUUUUUGAAUUGCACAUCCACCAGGCCUUGCUGACAUCUGCUGCCCUGGCUCAGGCUGGAGACACCCAACCUACCACUUUCUGCACCUAUUCCUUCUAUGAUUUUGAAACCCACUGUACCCCACUAUCUGUAGGGCCACAGCCCCUCUAUGACUUUACCUCCCAGUAUGUGGUGGAGACAGAUUCCCUGUUCUUGCACUACCUUCAAGGGGCUUCCGCCCGGCUUGAUCUACACCAGGCUGUGGCCAGUGAGCACAACACACUUGCGGCUGGAUGGAUUUGUUUUGACAGGGUGCUAGAGACUGUGGAGAAAGUCCAUGGCUCAGCCACACUCACUGGACCUGGUGGAGAAGAGUUUGGGGUGCUAGAAUACUGGAUGAGGCUGCGUUUCCCCAUGAGACCCAGCCUACAGGCAUGCAAUAAACGAAAGAAAGCCCAGGUCUACCUGUCAGCCAAUAUGCUUGGAGACCGGGAGGCCCAGGAGCAUGAGUUCAGAUCAGAGACUCGGAAACCUCAGAAUGAGCUGCGGAUUGAAAUCACCAGGUGCUGCGGCCUCCGGAGUCGAUGGCUGGGAACUCAGCCCAGUCCGUACGCCAUGUACCGCUUCUUCACCUUUUCUGAUCAUGACACUGCCAUCGUUCCAGCCAGUAACAAUCCCUACUUUAGAGACCAGGCUCGAUUCCCAGUGCUUGUGACCUCUGACCUGGACCAAUAUCUGAGGCGGGAGGCCUUAUCCAUAUACGUUUUUGAUGAUGAAGACUCAGAGCCUGGCUCAUACCUUGGCCGAGUCCAAGUGCCCUUGCUGCCUCUUGCACAAAACAAAUCCAUUCAAGGUGAUUUUAACCUCACGGACCCUGCGGAGAAACCCAAUGGUUCUAUUCAAGUGCAGCUGGAUUGGAAAUCUCCCUAUGUACUCCCUGAGAAACCAGAAGCUCAGAUGGAGGGGAGUGUCACCAAAGACAGUUUGGACAUCUCAUCUGAAGAGGAAAAGAUUUCCUUUCCUCCCCAGGACCAGAUGGCAUCUGCUGAGAUUCCCAUUGAAGCUAACCAGUAUCAAGCCAGGAGAAAAGCUCCUAAGGAGGGAGAAAGAAAGGAAAAGGAACACCAGGUUGUAAACUACUCAAGAAGAAAACAUGGCAGAAGAAUAGGUGCUCAAGGAAAGAACAGAAUGGAAUAUCUUAGUCGUAACAUCUUAAAUGGAAAUACCCUUCAACAGGUGAACCACACAGAGUGGAAGUUCUCGGGGCUUAAGAGCUCCAUAGAUGAUGGUUUAAAAAAAUACACAGAAGAGGAAAUUACAUUAUCCCAUUCAGCACUGAAACAGAAGGAACCCCUGCAUUCUGUAAAUGAUAAAGAAUCCUGUGAACAAGCUUCUGAAGUGAGUGAAGCACAAACUACAGACAGUGAUGAAAUCAUAGUGCCGCCCUCGUCUCAGAAAUGUCUUAAGGCAGAUUCAGAGAAGAUGUGCAUUGAAAUUGUCUCUCUGGCCUUGUACCCAGAGGCGGAAGUUAUGUCUGAUGAGAAUGUGAAGCAGGUGUACGUGGAGUACAAAUUCUACGAUCUACCCUUGUCAGAGACAGAGACUCCAGUAUCCCUGAGGAAACCAAAGCCAGGAGAAGAAAUCCACUUCCACUUUAGCAAGGUGAUAGAUCUGGACCCGCUGGAGCAGCAAGGCCGAAGGCAAUUUCUGUUCACCAUGCUGAAUGGACAAGAUCCGGAGCAAGGACAUUUAAAGUUUACAGUGGUAAGUGAUCCUCUGGAUGAAGAAAAGAAAGAAUGCCAAGAAGUAGGAUAUGCAUAUUUUGAUCUGUGGCAGAUCCUGGAAUCAGGAAGAGAUAUUCAAGAGGAAGAGCUAGAUGUUGUUAGCCCUGAAGACCAGACUACUCCAAUAGGAAGACUGAAGGUGUCCCUUCAAGCAGCUGCUGCCCUCCAGACUAUUUACAAGGAGAUGGCGGAGGAUUUGUUUUCAUGAAGAAACAAGUGCUAAUCCGUUCUAAAGUCUCUAGUCUCCGAGGGAACCACAGUAAAAAGUCUCUUAUAAAGUAACUUGCUA